ACAAAAAGAUGGUGGAUGCACCAUAAAGAACGACCGGAUCCAGCACCAGAGGCACCGGCCGAGGCUGCGCCCCCAGCCCGUCCCGGCGGCGGCGGCGCUGGGCGGGCAGGGCCGCCCCACGAGGGGGAGGAGCGUGGAAGGAGGGACCCGGUGGGGCGGGGAUGUGCGGCCGGGCCGCGGGACGCGGAGUGCGCGGCCGGGAUGCGGUGCGGGAAGAUGGCGGCGGCGGCGCCCUCCGCGCCUGCAGCCGGGGCGACGGGCGGCUGGGGCGGCGUGAGGCGGCGCUGCCAGCGGCUGCUCUACUGGGUGCCCGUGCUCUUCAUCUCCAGCAUCCUCUGCUGGUCCUACUACGCCUAUGUCACACAGCUUUGCCUGCUUGUGUGCCUGGUCGCUUACCACAUAUUUUUCAUGCUGUUCGUCUGGUCAUAUUGGAAAACAAUCUUUACUCUACCAAUGAAUCCUUCAAAAGAAUUUCACCUGUCAUACUCGGACAAAGAAUCCCUAGAAAGGGAGCCAAGAGGUGAAUCCCAGCAAGAAGUAUUGCGGCGAGCAGCCAAGGAUCUUCCCAUCUACACACGGACAAUGUCUGGAGCAAUCAGAUACUGUGACAGAUGCCACCUCGUAAAGCCAGACCGUUGCCAUCACUGUUCUGUCUGUGACAAAUGCAUUCUGAAAAUGGACCAUCAUUGUCCUUGGGUGAACAACUGUGUCGGAUUCUCCAAUUACAAGUUUUUUCUUCUCUUCUUGGCUUAUUCUCUACUAUAUUGCCUUUUCAUUGCUGCAACAGAUUUACAGUAUUUUAUCAAGUUUUGGACAAAUGGUCUUCCUGAUACUCAAGCCAAGUUCCACAUCAUGUUUUUAUUCUUUGCUGCUGCUAUGUUUUCUGUCAGUCUGUCUUCUCUCUUUGGAUACCACUGUUGGCUUGUCAGCAAAAAUAAGUCGACUUUAGAGGUAUUCAGAGCACCCAUAUUUCAUCACAGAACAGACAAGAACGGUUUCAGCUUGGGCUUCAGCAAAAACCUAAGGCAGGUGUUUGGUGAUGAGAAGAAGUACUGGCUGCUGCCUAUAUUUUCAAGCCUAGGGGAUGGUUGCUCCUUCCCAACUUGCCUUGUUAAUCAAGAUCCCGAGCAAGCCUCCACACCUGGUGGUCUUACUUCAACAUGCAAAAAUGAGAACCACCUGUUCCCUGCAAAGCCACUUCGUGACUCCCAGAGCCACCUCCUUACUGAUACACAUUCCUGGUCAGACAAUGGUGCAAAGGCCGAAAAGGGCAAAGUUGGUAUGAGCAAUCCUGCAUUAACCAUGGAGAAUGAAACCUAGCUUCCCUAAAAAGAAACAUCUGAAUAAUUUAGGAACGUUCAAGAAAAAGCUGUUGGUGGAAGGAAGAUGGGUUCUUCCAAAAUCAGCCCUAUUGGCCAGCUGCUCCUGUCUGCUCCUACGUGGAAAACAAACUGACAGAUGAUUAGCUGCCUCCAUGUCAUUGCUUGAAACAUGAAACAAAACAUGCUAUUUUGAAUCACGUAAAGAACGUUUCAACUUAAAAUUACUAUUUUUGAAUGGUAAAAGGUGGUUCUGAGUACUGUGGGGAGGGGUGGGGGGGGAGAGUCUGAGUUUACUAUUGUAAAAAUUCUGUGGCUGGUUUUACUUCAAUAUUCAACACAAGAAAACAAAACCCUCCUUACAUAACAGCCCAGGUUCUUGGCCUGACUUUGAAAGUUCAACUGUUAAUUCAAAUCACUGUAAGUAUUUGACUUCAAUCAGAUGUUUGCACUGCUGGCUUGAUCUUGAUAAAGUGGGCGAAUAAUCAGUGUUGAUUAUGGACAAUUUAGUUGCUUGGUGGAUUGCUGCUUCUUUUGAGCGCUGAUGCAGUUUUCUGAAGAUAAAGCAACCCAAGUGAAGUGUCAGACUGUUCCUGAUAUUGUUUUGGAAAAUGUUACAGCAAAGGCUCCCUUUUAAAUAACUUGGAAAGUUGUGGAGGGGGGGAAAUCUCCUUUGAUAAGUGAACACUUGUUAGUCUCUGGUGAGUGAGUGAAUAAAUAGCCCACAUUCAGAAGGAUAAUAUAGAAGUGAAGCUGGUACACUGGGGAUUUUUAUGGAAGCUGCACAGGACAAUCCUAUGAAAUGGGGAUUUUAUUCUCCCAUUUAGAGCCUUCAUCCCUUUUAAGAAAAGGAAGGCUGGCACCUCACUCAAACCAAAAGGCAUUUAGUUCUGUUAUUAAUGCCAGUUUUGUGCAUGUGUUUUAUUUGUUGUUUUUUUAAACAAGUCUGUGUUCUUGGUGGCCAUUGUCUUUCAGAAUCUCACUUCUGCUUAAUUGACAGUUGGCUUGGAUAUUUUUUUACUUGUUCUUUUAAGACACUGCAUUUCUGAAUGCAUAAAUUAAUAUCAUCUACAAUCAAGGAGACAUUUGGUAACUUAUGAUAUUUGCAGUUAUGGGAUAAUGAAUACUCGACUGUAAUACCAAAAGGCCAGAUUGCUGCACAUAGGAAGCCCCCUCUAAUAGGCAGCAGCUUUCUUAACAUCUCAGUUAACCAGUCAGAUAAUGAAAGAUGUGUUCCUGCAACACAGAUCUAAUUGUCUUGUGCCUUUAGUAUACACCACAUCUUUGGUAUCAGUGUUUACAUUUAAAUGCUAAGUAUUUGUUCUUCUGAAGAUAACAAGAAGGAACUUAGUUAUUCUUUUCAGGUAGAAUCACAGUGUAGAGAUUCCAGUUUGUUGAAGAAGAGCAAGCCAGAAUACUGGUAGGAGUACUAAGUGAUGGAUCCCUGAAAGGAAAAAUCAUUAACUCUUCUACAGGCAGGUAACUUUCUUUUGUUUCUCGUGGGAUUACAGCUUAAGUGAUAAGUGUUGGAGCACAAAUGUGGCUUUAUUUUUCUUGUGAGGAAAAAGUACUGCACUGGGUUUGUUUAGUUUUUAUUACUCUCAAAAUAUUAGCAGCCUGAAACCAUCUGAUUCUUGCCAGAAGUGCCAGAGUCUGGAUCCAUUGCUGUAGAACAAUUCUUAGAAACUAGCAUGAAGGUAGCACAUGGUUUACAUGAUGCCUGCAGACAUCUUUGUAACCAAAAAGUUUUCCACAGCUAUUUAUUCAGUGUUGUCUUAUCAGCUUAGUUUGUAUUAGUGUUUGUUUAGGGUGUCAACGGGUAAAGGGGAGAGGGAAAAAUAAUAUCUAUUUUUGACACUUCAAGUUCUCUGGCUGUAUAGUCUUGUUUCUUAUGCAGUCAGGGUGAUUUGUUGUGGAGCAUGCAUUUGAAAAGAGUAAGUAAGAAGUUGAAAUUCAGCUUUAAUGUAACUUGCUCCAUGUUUUUACAUAAAGGCAAAUACAGCUUUCUUCCCAGCAAAAUUCAUAAUGGGAAUUGCUAUAGUGCAGGUGGCAGACCUGCCCUUUGGCAGGACAGCAGUCACCCUCCCUGGCUGUGUUCAGGUGGGGUCGCAGUAAGGCUAGAAACUGAUGUAGAGAUACGACAGGGAUAAGGAAAUGCCCAAGUGUCUCAGCAGUCACAGUUAGAAAGCACAAUAGCCCUCAGUAAUCUUCAGUUUUGAUGUAGCCUUUGGCUGUCCCUCUAGGAGAAAAGUGAGGGAGAGGAUAAGGCCAGGGAACAAACUGAUGAAAGGAGGGGACAGGAAGAUGAGAUACAAGGGUCAUUCAGUUGUGAUCAGCAGAUCCGAAUCAGAGGGCCAUGGCUAUACCUGAUCACAGGCUGGUAUGAGUUGCGCUCAUAACAACCAAGAACCAAGAACACUGAUGGCGGCUAAGGUGAGAGCAAGCUCAUCAUGCUCCAAAGUGUAGUUUCUGAAUCAACUCUAUUUUUGGCUUUAAACAACCCAACAAUCUAUAUAGUAUAUAGAGAAGUGAAAACGGCCAUCCUGACAUAUUGUUGUUGAGCACUGAUGCUAUUCCCAUGCAUGUGGGAGAAUCUGUGAACAGGUAACAGGAGCAAGUACACAAUGCUGUUUGCCCACUUACUCGGAUUCUCCUGUUCUUUACACUGUUAUUGCUAGGCACUUUACUAUAGUCUUCUAAGUGAUUUCUGUAUUUUUUUUAAAGACUGCUUUAUACCUACUGUACAGUUAAUCAACUUUUUUGCUAAAAGAAAUAAAAAGCCCUGAUAUUUGUCUAGAAAUAACAACCCUACAUUUCAGGCUGCUUUGGAAGUUAGAUGAGUUUGUUGGACUCAUCCAAUGAGCCUGAGUCCUUUGAGACAGGAGAGUUUAUUUUGUAUACACAUAAGCAGUCAUAUGAAUCACUAGCCACCCCCACAUGCUUAACAAGCUUCCUUAAUUUCUAUGUUAGAACAAACCCACUACAUCUCUACACCAGAAGUGGCCCACAAAUAUUAUUUAUCAGGUAUGUACAGGUGAUGUGAUGCUCAAAGUCUUCCCAGAGAACUAUUUUUACUAAGACUGAGCAUAUAGAUGUUGGCUGGUUCCUUCAAUUGAGCAAUCAGACACACACAGCUGCUGCUGUGCACUAAAAUGCAGCCUGAAAGGUCAGCAGUUUGAACUAAUGAAGCCCUGGUAAUUAUUUCCAACUAUGUGCACUUAAAAUCAUGGUCAUUAAGCAAGGCUUUAGCAUGGGUGGAAGAAACAAGAUUCUUUUAGUGCAUGGUAUGCUACGGCUGUUGUUUGUCUCACAGCUGGACUAAACUUUUUUUUUCACCUUGAUUCACUUGACUGGUGUGUUGGAUGUAGGGGGAAAUAAAUUUCCACAUAUCGUUAGUGUAGAACUUUGCCACUUGUUAAUGUAUUGCUCAUAUAAAUAAAUGCUUCACAUUCUGCAAAUCA